GCUCCUACUUCAUCAGGAGCUGCGGGGUGAUCAAGAUCCUCAGGUGCAGAAAGAGCUGGAAGCCUUGUCCAAGCGGCUGACUGAGACGGAACAGGCUUCAGAGCAGCUCAGCAUCACCUUAGAUACCUUCUGGGAGGAGGUGGCUGCCAUCAGCGACUUGUCGCAGGAGAUGCAAAGUUUGGGCCUCCGCAUCGGUGACCUCCCCGAUGCAUCGAGCCUGAAGAGCCUCUUCGGCGAAUGGGCGUGGAAUCUGAACUGCCCGGUGCAGCUGCUCUUCGGAUCUCCGCUGCAAUGUGCGGGUCAGUUCUUAGUGGAUGUGCUGAAGGCCAGAGGGGGGCGGAUCAGGGCGGAUCGCCGGAGGCGAGUGGAGUCCGAAGAGCGCGGAGCGGGUUUCUCAGACGACAGCCCGCUGACCGCUGCGUGUUCGGGAUCGGCGAUGCAGUGGAUCUCUUCGAAGCCUCUAAAGCUCAUGGGUGGCAGCUUGCUGUUGAAACUGGUGGUGCCCAUCAUCGCCCACCUCGCAGGGAAUGUGGACCCCAAUGAGAACGCCAUCUCCCACGCCUUUGGGCAGUCGUCGCUGUGCGUGGCGAUGGACUUUCCUGGCUGGUACGAAGCGGCGCUGGUGGUUUUCCUCGUCGCAGGCCUCAUGGAUGAGUACGCGCUCUUUGCCGUUUGGUGGCACUUCAAAGAGGAGUGGAAGGCUUCACGUGGAAAAGUGCUGGGCCUGCACGUUCUCAUGGUAUUUUUGGCCCUUUGCUUUGGAUGUUUCUUCAUGGUCUCCUUCUGGAACCCGGCGGCAUCCCACGAUUCAAACACUGUGGUAGCACAUACCAUUCCCUACCUGGGCCUGCAGUUGGGCUACUUUACCUUAGCGCUCUUCGUAUGCUUGGCGCUCCCCAUCGAAGCUUCGACAUGCCAGAAGGUCUCGCUCUACGUGAGCUUGUUUUUGUAUUUGCUGCUGCAGGUGGCCAACCUCGUGGUGAUACUCUGGACCUUCGCGGAGCUCUCGGAGCAGGCGAAGAGCACCUUGAUGAAUUUCCUCUUCGGCUGCGGCUUCGCCACCUCGGCAGGGCGCUGCACCCGAGGCCUUUACUGUUCAUUGAUGGAGUGCGAAGGAAGAACGCUAUUGAUUCUGGACACUGAAGGCCUAAUGAGUUUGGAGGCGGAGGGGGGCGGCAUUUUCGACGCUCAGCUGGCAUUGAUGGCCAUGGUGAUCAUCAACCACAAAGGUGAGCUCUCACGACAACUUCAAGAUCUGCUGGAGGUGUGCCUCUUUGCGAUGCAGCACCUCAAGGUGUGCCGGAUCCAGCCCAAGUUACUCUUCGUGCUCCGUGAUCAGCAUGACAGGUCCCAGGCGGUGCACGGCGACGCGCUGCGGCUCAUGCGAAAGCAUCUGGCGGAAGCCUCGUUGCAGCUCUCCCUGCGCUUGGACGAGUUGAUCUCAUUGGAUCCUGGAAGUGUCUUCCUCUUGCCCUCCGCCUUUGCCAGUGAUCUGGACCAUACCGGCCGGGAGGUGCGCUGGUCCACAGAGCUCUUUGCGCAGGAGGCGAUGCAACUCCGGAAGAAGAUCUUCAAGGAGGCGGAUCAACUGCAGAGCUGCGAAGCAGCGCCGGAGUUCUCCACCCUGCCUGACUGGUGCCUCCAUGCGAUGUCGGUCUGGCGUGUGCUGGACCGAUAUGGUCCCAAUUUGCUGCACUACAAGACCAUUCAGGAGAUCGAGCUGCAACGAGAGCUCGAGGAUGCUGCAAAGCAGAUCUCUGCUUCACUGGUGCGGGGCAAAGGCGGCUUAGCUGAGGAAUGCCAGGCCUUGUUGGCCAGCUACAAGGAGCGGCUAAGCCAAGGAGAGAGCGGGGAGAAGGUGGACGCCGAAUUCAGGUCCACUCUACAAGCCAUGCUUGAGACCUGUGACAAGCGUGCCAAAGCGGAGCUUGAGAGAGUGUUCAAGGCCCGAAGAUCCAAGCUUCCAGAUGCGCAGAAGGACCGGCCGAAGUCGGCCUUUCGGUUGGGACAGUUGCUCUCGGUUCUUGGCUCUCAGCAGGAGGAGGCGAAGAAGAAGCUCGCCACACCCAUUGAGUACCAGGGAGAGCUCACCCGCUACACCUGGUCCUUGUGCUUAGCUGAUGCCGUGGAUCGGGACCAACUCCGAGCGCUCAAGGUCCACUUCAAAAAGACCAUCGAAGAGCUUUGGCAGGUGGAAUCCUCUCAAAGCCUCGCAGAGCAGCAGGCUCGAGAGCUCUUCACUCAAGAGUGGGAGUCCUUUGAAGAAGAAUGUCGAGGACGCUUUGCGCGGACCAGCAAGUCACAGAAGCAGUUGGCCGAAGAGGUCUGCAUGGUCUUCAACCACGUCUUGCGGCAGCAUCGACAUGGAGAUGAAGCCUUGCAUGUCCUGGAGCUGGUGCCAAGUACCGGGCUGCUCGGAAGUGAAACCUUCGUGUGGGAGAAGACCAUGAACUUCUUGGAGCUUCGCUCGUCGAGCAGGACGGCCAAUGAGACCGAGAUGAUACGGAACCAUGUUGCCCGAAGUCCCGGACUGCCCACCUGUUGA